AUGUCGUCGCAGACCAUGACUGCGCCAGCCGUGGGCCAUCGACCGCCUGACCCAGGCUCCGAUAGCCCACUGUAUGACUAUGGCUGCUCACCAAACACCACAACCCCUUCCAAUCCUCGAGACGACUCCGCAAUCCGCGACAUGCAGAAUAAUUCUGCCCCGUCAACUCCCAACGGGAUGCCCGCCCCGGACGUCGCAAUCAAAACUGAAUGCUCGGACAACAACGAUUUUUCAGCCGCGCAACACCAACAAGAUGCAAAUACGCAAAGCGCCGCAAGUGCGCUCCUAGCACAGCUCCUCGGUAAUCAACCUGCGGCCAACGCUACCCCAACUACGAUACAACCUGCACAGGACGACCAGGAUCUUCACAUGGAUAUCAAGAUGGACGACUCAAUCUCACAGUCAUUUGACAUGUCUGCACAGAACCCCACGCAUAUCGACCCGAGCUUAAACCAAGACACCGCCUCGAUAUCUCGGGAGAUUCAGGACUUACUGAAUGGGAAAGCUUUAGGUGACGAGCUUAUGGGAACAAAUUCUGCACACCACGAUAUGAGCCAUACAGGAUUCAACUCGUCCGAUGCCAUGAAUACCUUGUCCGACCCUAUGAACCCGAAAUUGAACAACGAGCAGCCCUCGCUCCUUCCAGCCUUGGAUUUUUCCGCCGCCCCAAAAAAUGCGUUUGAAGCUCUCCAGCAAAACGAGCUGCUCACGGCCGCCUUCCUUUCGCAAAAUGCCGAUCUGUCAGCCCUGGGAUAUCAAGAUAUGGCGGCUUCAAUUGCUGGAUCUGAACCUAAGAUCCAAGCAUUUGCUAAGUUGGAGUUCGAUGAUGGGCAUUUCUACGUGAAUACAUAUUCAUUCAUCCUAGGGCGAGAUGUGCGCGCCGCCCGCGCCGCCCAUCACCGAGAGUUCCAGUACCGGCAGGCCGUGCGCAGCACUCGGGCGAAGAGUUCAAGUGGAGGAAACACAUCUCACACCCCUAACCGCAUGAAGCGGGAGGAAAGCGCGGCCAUGUUGGGCAGUGUUGUCAGUGAUCGGGGAGGUAUUAUGGGCUUUGAUCCAGAUAUACCCCCCCAUCUUCCGAACAAUAUGAACAUGAGCCGGCGGUCAUCAAAAUCCUCCUUUGAUGAGGCUGUUGUACCAUUGCAUGCUAAUCCGGCUCAACUACAAUCCACAACCGACUACAAUGCGCUCGCCAUGCAAUCAUUGCAAGAUGGAAAUGGAGACGCAAAGCCCGUUGAUGCGCUGGCUUUGCUCCCAUCCCCUGAUUCUUGUCCUACCAUCCCAAUCCACCCCCCAACGACCGUUGACGGCAGUGCCGCAGGCCAUCGAGGGAUUUCCCGAAGGCAUGUCCGAAUCUCAUACAACUUUGAUCGUAAUUUGUUUGAAAUGGAAGUAAUGGGACGCAAUGGAGCGUUCAUUGGAGCUGAUUGGCUAUCACCGGGACAGGUUCGUCCGUUACACAGCGGCGACUACAUCCAAAUUGGAGGCGUGCGCAUCCGGUUUUUGCUACCAGAUGUCCCUAUUGGCGAAACUGGAGCCGACCGGAUGGAAGAAAAGAUGGCAGAAAAACGUGAAGAGGAAGAAGAGAAAGAUGCCCGUGCUUCGAUCGAGAUGGAUGAUGAUAUCGAUGAAUCGGAGAGACUUGGAAGCGACAGCGGCGAGAGCAGGGAACCUUCAAAGAAGAUCAUCCUCAAGACAAAGGAUUCCAAAUCGUCCCAAACAAUGGAUUCCAUUGAGCCUGGAGAUAAUGAUUCGCAGCCGGCCCGCCGCCGGGGACCAGGACGCCCUCCCAAGGAUGGGAUCAUGUCUAAGCGCGAGCGAGCUGAGCUUGCCCGGGAGCAGAAAAAUGCCGCCAAGCGCGAGGCCAACGGAGGUAUCACACCACCUCCACCCAAGGUGCCUAAGGCUGGGAAGACAGUUGCCAAAGAAUCUGUCGUUCCCGAGUCACCAAAGCCAUCCGAGAAGCGGAAGUACACCAAGAGAAAGAAGCCGGAUGGGACACCAAUGGAUUCUCCCCUUCCCUCAACAGAAGGCGGCCAGAUGUCUGCAGAGCCACCGCAGGAAUACGUCAAACCCCCACCGGUCAAAAAGCGCAAACCAUCACGGUCACCCUCUCCGAACUAUCCUCCGGAGUCUGCUUACAAUGCCGAGGAUCUGGCAAAGCCCCCGUACAACUACGCCGUUCUCAUCUUUGAUGCUUUGACGGAAGCCGGCACGCCAAUGACGUUGAAGCAGAUCUACCGUGCGCUGAAACUGAAGUAUCCCUACUUCCGCUUCAAGUGUGAGACUGAGGGCUGGACAUCUAGUGUACGGCAUAACCUGAACGGCAACGGUCAUUUGUUCAUGCACGCAGAGCGAGAUGGCAAGGGUUGGUCAUGGCAACUUAUUCCUGGCGCGUCGGUCGAGAAGGAAAAGAAACGACGCCCUUCGCCGCCGCCGCAGGUAUCCCACCCACCUACGCCUGCUCCCCAGCAGUACAUGCCCAUGUCCCACUCCUAUGCACCACCACCUCAGGGUCCACCACCGGUGCCAAAUCCGCCACAGCAUUUCCAAUUCCCUUCCAUACCGCCUGCUCCUUUCCCGGCAUCUGUUAAUGUGGGAGGACCACCACAUUCCAGUCCCUACCCACCUCCAUCAAAGGCCCCUGCGCCAACACCCCCCGCUCCUCCCCCUGCUCCCCCGGCAGCACAGCCGCCGGCGUCGGCACCAGCACCGGCACCAGCACCAGCACCACCCAUCAAUCCAGCUGCAUCCUUCCCCAUCCCCAGUCAGCUCCGCAACAAUCUCCCAGCUGCAUUCGCGGCGACGAUCCCUUCAACCUACACUUCGCCCUACGCAUCCGCUCCUGCCCCGCAAGCCGGCCAGCAGCAACAGUUGCAGACCCCACGACCUCCUCACGGACCACCUCAGCAUCAUUCUCCUUACGCACAACAAAAGCCGCCAUCAUCUCAACCUCCUCACAACAACCCGCAGCCUCGGGCCUAUCCCCCAUCUGGUGGAACACAGUUCCAGCACCAGCACCAGCACCAGAACCAGCAUCAGCAGCAUCAGCCACCGGUCCAGCCUCAGUCGCAGCCACUGUCGCAUCCUCCUCAGCAGCAACAUCCGCUGUCUCACCACCAACACCAGCCGCAGCACCAGCAGCAUCAACACCCACAGCACCAGCAACACCCGCACCAGCAUCAUCCGCCUCCAGGCCUCCCGGCCCACUCUCAUCAUCAACAGCAGCAGCAACACCCUGUCCAGCAAAAUUCUGCACCAGGGCCACAAGAGUCAUCCUCGUUCAUUGAUCGAGCAAACAAGGCAAUCGAUGACUUUGAAGCUGUUCUCAUGGAAGACUACGAGGACAAGAACUACAUCCGGGAAGUUCUGCGGAGUGCGCGCGCACGCGUGUUGGGCGAUGCGCCAGAAAGCUCCUUCCCAGGCGGCGAACCAAAAGACGAAGCCGUCAUCAUGGACGUGCUACGCAAUUUGGUCGGAAGUCUGAAAGACGAGUGA